CUGUCAAGAGCGGCUGGUGGGGCCUGGCCAGGCUAGUCUGUCGGGGGGACAGCGAUGCUGAGGUUACUCCUGGCCUGGGUGGCCCUGGGGCCCACCCUGGGUCAGGGUCCGGGGCCCACGGAGGAGGCUGCAGCGUCCUGUGGACCGACCAGCUGCUACGUGGUCUUCUACAGGCGCAGGACCUUCUUGGAGGCGUGGAGGGCCUGCCGCGAGCUAGGGGGCAACCUGGCCACCCCAAAGACCCCGGAGGAGGCCCAGCGUGUGGGCCUGCUGGCAGGCCGGAAGGCUGAGGAGAUCCCCGGCCAGCUGCUGUGGAUCGGACUCCAGCGGCAACCACGCCAGUGCCACCCACAACGUCCUCUCCGGGGCUUCACCUGGACCACCGGGGACCAAGACACGGCUUUCACUAACUGGGCUUCGCCUGCUGGUCCCGGAUCCUGCCCGGCCUUGCGCUGCGUGGCCAUGGAGGCUGGGGGCAGCCAGCUGUGGCGUGAGGGCUCCUGCACCCUGCCCGUGGAUGGCUACCUGUGCCAGUUUGGUUUCAAGGCAGCCUGCCCGGCACUGGCCAUCGAGGAGGGCCAGGACGGCCCCACACUCUACACCACGCCCUUCCAACUGGUGACAGAUGCCCUGGCCUGGCUGCCCUUCGGCUCUGUGGCUGACGUGCCCUGCUUGGAGGGCGGCAGCACCUCCCUGCUCUGUAUGCAGAGGCCCGAGGGUGGUGUGGGCUGGUCCCGCCGGGGUCUGGUGUGCCCAGGCCUGAGGCCCGGCAUGGCCAGCUGCGCUCUGGAUAACGGUGGCUGUGAGCACGAGUGUGUGGACGAGGCCGGUGGGCAAGUGUCCUGCCGCUGCGCCGAGGGAUUCCGGCUGGACGGUGACGGGCACAGCUGUGUGGACCCCUGCGCCGAGGCCCCGUGCGAGCAGCAGUGUGAGCCGGGUGGGCCAGGCGGUUACAGCUGCCACUGUCGCCUGGGCUUCCGGCCGGCAGACGAUGAGCCCCACCGCUGCCUGGACACAGAUGAGUGCCAAAUCCCUGGCGUGUGCCAGCAGAUGUGCGUCAACUACGUUGGAGGGUUCGAGUGCUACUGCAGUGAAGGCCACGAGCUAGAGCCUGAUGGCAUCAGCUGCAGCCCGCAGGGAGCAGGGCAGGGAGCCCUGGGCGGGGAGACGCAGGAGGAGGACGACGAGGAGGACGACGAGGAGGAGGAGGAGGACGACGACGAAGACGAGGCCUGGGACAGCUUCGACGGGGGCUGGACUGAGUCACUCGGGCCCCUGUGGUUGGAUCCCACAAGACCACCACUUGCUUUUGACCCACCUUACAGACCUCUGCUUCCCCACGUCAGCCCCACUAGGCCACCUGUCUUCAUCGCCCCCAGAUCUCCCUACCGACCCCCAUUACUGUCCAUCACCCGGCCCCCCAGGCUUCCCUCCACACACCACCCGUUACCCCCUGCCCACUGGCUCCCCAUGAUACCAGCAACCCCCCCCCCUCUUCCCCCAGCCUACCAGCUCCCUGUCUUCUCUGCUACCCACCCUCCUGCUCAGGAGCUUCCCGCUAUUCUUGUUUCCCCACCCCCUUUGCCUCCAGUCCACAAACCUCUGGGGGGUUCUACCACCCACCUUCCCACGCCCCCUGCACACCAGCUCCCUGCCCACUCUGCCACCAAAACUCCCUUGCUGCCAACCCAGCAUUCCCCUAUCCUUCCUACCAACCCUCCCCCUUUGCCUCCUGCCCGUAGACACCCGGUAGCCCCUGGUGCCCACCGACCUGCCCCCUCUGUCCAACAGCCCCCUCUGGUUUCUGCUACCAAGCCUCCUCCACCCUCUGCCUCUCAGCUUACCUUGAUCACUGCCUCCCACAGGCCUCUGCACCCAGCUCACUCAUCCCCUGCCACACAGUCCUCUUUCCAACCCUCUCUCCCUCUUCCCCUUUCCACAGACCAGGCCCCACAGCCCCCCACCUCCCAAUCACUCAGGCCCCAAACUUCACACCCUCCAGCCCCAUACUCUUUGACUCCUUCUGAAGCUCUCAGCAAGCUUCCGGCUUCUCCCACCCCUUCUCCGCUCCCAGGAACCCCUUCCCACCCCCCAGCACCCCCAGACCCUGGUCCAGCCCUGGAUGUUCUGGGAUCCUCUCUGCCAUCUCCCACAGCCUGGAGCCGGAGUCGCAGGGAUGACCGUUGGCUGCUGGUGGCCCUCCUCGUACCCACCUGUGUGUUUCUGGUGAUUCUUUUAGCCGUGGGGAUUGUGUACUGCACCCGCUCUGGGCCCCGGGCCCCCAACAAAAGCAUUACAGACUGUUACCACUGGAUCACAAACUCGGGGGCCAAGGGGGAGACUGAGCCCAAGGGGGCCAGCCUGUCAGGGGUCAUGACCUGCAGAACCAGUGUGUGAUUGGUGGGAAGGAGGAAGAUGGGAACCCCUCCCUCCUUGGACCUAUAAGGAGCUAGCCCCUCUCCCAUGGAACUGGGGGUAGGGGGACCCCAUUAGACUGAAGCCCAGGAAACUGCACCCCGGGACUGGUGGGGGAUCCAGCUGUCCCCUUCAGCCCCAAGCUCACUACUAUUCCCCAUAGGGUUGGGGGAACCCAGGUAUGCUGCCCCUCCACCCCUAGCUCGCCUCUGUGGACACUGCUGCCUUUGACAGACACACCUGGCUCAGCUCUCCUGCCAGGACCCAGGCACCAGCCCACUGCACUCACUGUGGGGCACCAGGCCUCCUGGUCUGCCCUGCCUUCUCUGCUCACACCUCUCUAGUCCCCAGCCCCACCUCCCAGCCUCCCCACCCAGCGGAGAUCGCUUGGCCCCAGGACCCUGUCAGGGCUGGGGUGGGGGGGCAUUGGUGGGAGGGGAACCUCACCUGGACUGGCCAGGUCCUGGAAUAUUCUCCAAUAAAUGGGGUGGUGACCCUUA